AUGAUGACGUGCACUGGUCGCUACUGGAGGCCACACUCUGAAGGCGUGAGGCUGCUCGGCCGGAUGUGCGAGUGGGUGGCAGACCCCAGGCGACUCCUGGUUGCAGGGAAGCAGCGAGGGGUUGUUAUGUUCCAUGACUCGGUCACACACUCGCUGCCUGGCCGCGGAUACCAGCUCCGUCACUCCUGCCUCGCCUCUCCGCGAGCUGAGGUCCGGCAGUUGCGACGCGAGGACACAGUGUGCGGCCCGUCUCACUGCGAGAACACAGUGUGCUGCCCACCUCACUGCGAGAACACAGUGUGUGACCCGCCUCACUGCGAGAACACAGUGUGCGGCCCGCCUCACUGCGAGAACACAGUGUGCGGACCGCCUCGCUGCGAGAACACAGUGUGCGGCCCGCCUCGCCGCGAGGAGACAGUGUGCGGCCCGCCUCUCUGCGAGAACACAGUGUGCGGCCCGCCUCGCUGCGAGAACACAGUGUGCGGCCCGCCUCACUGCGAGAACACAGUGUGCGGCCCGCCUCACUGCGAGAACACAGUGUGCGGCCCGCCUCGCUGCGAGAACACAGUGUGCGGCCCGCCUCGCCGCGAGGAGACAGUGUGCGGCCCGCCUCUCUGCGAGAACACAGUGUGCGGCCCGCCUCACUGCGAGAACACAGUGUGCGGCCCGCCUCACUGCGAGAACACAGUGUGCGGCCCGCCUCGCUGCGAGAACAUAGUGUGCGGACCGCCUCGCUGCGAGAACACAGUGUGCGGCCCGCCUCGCCGCGAGGAGACAGUGUGCGGCCCGCCUCUCUGCGAGAACACAGUGUGCGGCCCGCCUCGCUGCGAGAACAUAGUGUGCGGCCCGCCUCGCUGCGAGAACACAGUGUGCGGCUUGCCUCGCCGCGAGGAGACAGUGUGCGGCCCGCCUCUCUGCGAGAACACAGUGUGCGGCCCGCCUCACUGCGAGAACACAGUGUGCGGCCCGCCUCGCUGCGAGAACAUAGUGUGCGGCCCGCCUCGCUGCGAGACCACAGUGUGCGGCCCGCCUCGCCGCGAGGAGACAGUGUGCGGCCCGCCUCUCUGCGAGAACACAGUGUGCGGCCCGCCUCACUGCGAGAACACAGUGUGCGGCCCGCCUCGCUGCGAGAACAUAGUGUGCGGCCCGCCUCGCUGCGAGAACACAGUGUGCAGCCCGCCUCGCCGCGAGGAGACAGUGUGCGGCCCGCCUCUCUGCGAGAACACAGUGUGCGGCCCGCCUCACUGCGAGAACACAGUGUGCGGCCCGCCUCGCUGCGAGAACACAGUGUGCGGCCCGCCUCGCUGCGAGAACACAGUGUGCGGCCCGCCUCGCAGCGAGAACACAGUGUGCGGCCCGCCUCGCAGCGAGAACACAGUGUGCGGCCCGCCUCGCUGCGAGAACACAGUGUGCGGCCCGCCUCGCUGCGAGAACACAGUGUGCGGCCCGCCUCGCAGCGAGAACACAGUGUGCGGCCCGCCUCGCUGCGAGAACAUAGUGUGCGGCCCGCCUCGCUGCGAGAACACAGUGUGCAGCCCGCCUCGCCGCGAGGAGACAGUGUGCGGCCCGCCUCUCUGCGAGAACACAGUGUGCGGCCCGCCUCACUGCGAGAACACAGUGUGCGGCCCGCCUCGCUGCGAGAACACAGUGUGCGGCCCGCCUCGCUGCGAGAACACAGUGUGCGGCCCGCCUCGCAGCGAGAACACAGUGUGCGGCCCGCCUCGCUGCGAGAACACAGCACAGUAG